CUCGCCUAAAUUAGGCCAACCGUUGGACCCCGCGUAUACUCUCUCUCUCUCUCUCUCUCUCUCUCCAACUGCAUUCUCUCUCGCUCCCCAUUUCUCAGAAGGUGGGGGAGAGAGACCCCGGAGAAAUUCAAUUCAAUUAACCUCUCUCUCUCUCUCUCUCUCUCUUCAGAUUCACCUACCCUUUUCCUACUACUUCUCCAAACCCACGCGCAUUUUUUGUCUUUUGCUUUCCCAGGGCCCAAUCGCGAAAACCCUAGAAAACAGCAGAUUUGGGGGCGCGUUCAAUCUCGGACGGAGAACGAGAAAGCCAGGAUUUUGAGACCGACCCGGUUCGAUUGGAAGGGUUCAGAUUCAAAGGGAUCGUUUGAUUUUGUCGGAUAUUCACCGGACAAGAAGGGGGUGGAUGCGGAGAAACCCCCCUCUAAACUGGAAGCUCUAAUCGUGGUUCAAUUCAAAUCGUUCUUCAAAAUCCAUGGGUUCGACGUUUUCUCCCUUGAGUUUCGUGAUUUUCGGCAUUACAAUAAGCUUUUACGCGAUUAUUGUCCAAUCCCAGUCGCAAAAUAGGAACAGCGGCGAUGAAUCAGCAUCACCGGCAUUUAUGACGUCCCCGCCACCUCCGCCGCCGCCACCACCACCUCCGCCGCCGCCGCCGUCUUCCUCGUCGAGUUCUUCGUCGGCACCAUCACCGCGUUCUGAUUCUGAUUCAUCCGGCUCCGUUCCCUCGCACGCAUCGGCGCCGAGCCCUCACGUGAGAAGACCACGGCACCCUUUCCACCGCCACCAGCACCGCAUCCGUUUAUCGCCGCCGCCGCCGCCGCACAAGAUGAACGCCGGGAAAAAGGUUGGACUUUUAUUUGUGGGCAUUGCGGCAAUCAUGCAAGUUGGCUUGGUUGGGUUCUUGAUAAUUAAAAGAAGGCAACUUUUGAAGGACGAUGACAGAUACGAGAAUUGUUCUUCUUGAAGAAUUAUUUUUUUUCUUUAUCGGUUUUCUUAUUAAUUCUUUUUUAAAAAUUUAAUGGGUUGAAAUUCUUUGCUGAGAGCGUAAUAGUUGGGGGAAAGGGAAUAUUGGUUGGAUUCUGCAGAAUCUGGUGGGAGGAAUGAAAAGGCAAACAUGGAAAGACAGGAAUUUGAGGAAUCAUUGUGUGCAAUUGAUGCCAUCAUUUCGGCCCUUGGCGGUUACUGUGUAUAUUGGUACUGUUAGUUCACGUUUCCUUCACGUUUCAUGUUGUGUUGACCCUUUUUCCCUUUAGUUCCAUUACCUUGGCUUAUGAUGGAAAGAAAAAGUAGCCCUCAUGUACCUAUUUUUUUCUUCUAAUUUGAUUUUUCUCUAACAUGUUCAGUGUACAAUGAUGUUAGGAAUCUUUAAAGGAUUAACGAUGACAAAAUCAUAUAUUCGUUGUAUUCUUACCCUCGAA